GAGAACACUCUUUUAAAGAAAACUGUUGUUCUAGCAAAUGAUCCUUGGAUGGUUCACACUGUAGCUUUACGGCUCUCAUUAGAAAAUAUUUCGACCACGUACAUCACCUGUGAGGAUAGCUUGCUUGAGGUUGAAGAUGCAGUCAGGUUAUGGCGCACAGAGGAACAUCUAGUAAUUAUCGUGGAUUACAAGUCAUUGAGUGAAUUAGAUUACGGAUUUGUGGAGAUGAAGGAUUUUUUGUAUUUUGACGCUAACCCUUGGUGCACCAAAUUUUUGAAUACCCUCUUCUAUUCGAGUCUAUUGAAUGGUAGUGGCUUUGAUGUUAGAGCUCAGGGCUGUGUAGGAGGUCCCAAAGACAUGCCCCUAUCCCCGGCGGUGGCAAUUGAAGGCGCGAGCCCCUGGAUGGGUCUGGCAACAUUCCAAAAGGUGGGUGCGGCUGUAGGGAAAUCCAAACCGUGCGUACAUGAAUGA